AAAGGAAUAUGAAGCGAGUGAAGCAGAGGCAAGCGACGAUGAGGCGGCUGAAGGUAUUAUAUGAAUUUAUAUGAAUUUAUUUUUAUAUAUUUUAUGAUAUAAAUUAUUAAUUGUUUAUAACAUUAAUUGUUUAUUUUCAGAAGACAAUGUAAACUUAAGUAGAAAUGAUAAUAGAAAUUUUGUGGCGAAAGAUGGAACAGUUUGGAGUCGAACACCACCGAGUCAACACCAAGCUGCAGUUCGUAACAUUGUGCGGCAAAGAAGUGGCCCGCACAGGAGCACAGAAACGUUAUCCAUUUGCGAUACGUUUAAAAAAAUUGUUACAAGCGAGAUGAUUGAUAUAAUUGUUCGUUGUACUAAUAAAAAGGCGACUGCAGUUUAUAAAAAUUACAACGAAACACAUUCUGCACGGAAACAAGCUGUAUGGAAAUAUUUGAUACCUUGUGAAUUGUAUGCAUUUUUCGGAAUUUUGAUUGCGGCAGGGGCAAAUAAUUCUAACACUGAUCACACAACUGAUAUGUGGAAAACUACAUCGUAUCCAUUAUAUCGAGCGGCGAUGGGCAUCAAUCGAUUUUGGAACAUUUUAAGAUUCAUCCGUUUCAACGAUGCGAAUACUCGUGUUCAACGUAUGAAGGACGAUAAGGCUGCUCCUAUACGGGACAUAUGGACCAUGUUAAAUUCAAAUUUGUCAAAGAUGUAUCGACCAACUGAAAGUUUAACAAUUGACGAACAGCUUUUCCCUUUCCGAGGUCGAACGAAAUUCACACAGUAUAUUCCAUCAAAGCCUGCUAAGUACGGAAUGAAAAUAUGGUGGAUAUGCGACGCAGAAAAUUCUUAUCCGCUCUUUGGCCUAAUUUACAUAGGAAAAAAGGAAACUACUCGCGAAAUAAAUCAAGGAGAAAGAGUAGUUAAAGAGCUGGCUGCGCCGUACAAAGGGUCAGGUAGAAAUAUUUCAAUGGACAACUUUUUUACGACACUGCCAUUGGCAAAAUAUUUGAUUUCGUGGAAUCUCACUAUGGUCGGAACUUUGAGAAAAAAUAAGAAACAUAUUCCCAAAGUAAUGGUUCCAUCUAAAACUAGAAAAGAAUUUUCGUCUUUAUUUGGUUUCCAUGAGAAAGUAACCAUUUGCUCUUACCUGCCAAAAAAAAAAAAUAAGGCAGUUUUUAUGCUAUCCAGUAUGCAUUCAGAUACGGUGGUCUCAGAUGAUACCAAAAAAAAGCCGGAAAUUAUUCAGUGUUCCAACAAAAAUAAAAUUGGAGUGGAUACCAUGGAUCAGAUGUUGGGAAGAUACACGACUCACAGACGGACUAACAGAUGGCCUCUCGCCCUUUUUUAUAAUCUCCUCGACAUCGCCUCUCUUGCCAUAUAA